CAGGUAGUACUCUCCCGUGGUCUCGUCCCACUCCCACGCACUGCCUUGGAAGUGCGACUUCCAGUUGUUGGGAGGCUGGCGGUUGCCGUUGGCGUCGUACUUUGCCGGGCGCCAGAUGUACCAGUCGCGGUAAGGGUUCGUCUUGGAGGAGCGGGACUGCUUGAACCAUUCGUGCUGGUCACUGGUGUGGUUGACGACGAGGUCGAGGACAAGCUUCAUGCCGCGGGCGUGCAAGGCAUCCUUGAGCUCGUCGACGUCGGCAACGGUGCCGUAGGGGGCGUGGAUUUCGCGAUAGUUGCUAAUGUCAUAGCCCUGCCAAUUGUGUCAGUCUGA